AUGCAUCCACAAUUAGAAUCCGAAAGAUUUACCUCCUGUUACGAUUUAAUCCAAGCAUUAGAUAAAUGCCAUCAAUCUGAAUUUUAUAAACGUGCUUUUGGGCUUUGUAAUAAUGAAAAAGAAGCUUUAAGUAAAUGUUUACACGAAGCCAGAGUGGAAGGUACAAAAUCAUAUAUUAAAAAACGUAGAGAAGAGAAAAAAAUUAUCGAAGCCAAAUGGAAGAAAGUUGAAGAAGAAGAGUUUGGAGAAGAUGCUAUUUUGAAGAAGAUUUUACAAAAACAAUUGGCCAAAAGAAAACAAGAAUCACAACAACAAGAUCAUCCUAAUUGA